AUGGGGAAGCUCUCACCCCUAUCCUCGUCUUUUCGCCCCACGACCUCCCCUUCAACUCUCACAUGCGCCGCCCAGCAGGUCAGGCAUGCAACCUACGUGGCCCGCCCUCGACGCCCCUACACAUUCACCCAGAUCAUACAGCUCUCUGAUGGAUCCGCAUACAUCCACCGCACAACCUCGCCUCAGGCCCUGUAUCGCGCCAACAAGGACUCACGGAACACCCUGACGUGGAACCCCAGCGAAACCUCGCUCAAGAACGUCGAGGUCGAUGAGGCCGGAAAGCUCGCUGCUUUCCGUGAGCGAUUCGGCCGUGCUUUCGACAACCAGAACAAGGAGGAGGGCGUUGAACAGGCUCAGGAGGAGGUGGAAGAUGAGGGCUACGGAGACCUGAUUGCGAGUUAUGCACCAGACAGGAGUCAUGAGAUGAAAAGCCAGGCGCCGCCGCAGAAAACAGGCAAGGGUGGAAAGAAGAAAUGA